CUACUCUAGCGCUACUCUGGAGAGAUUUGGAAUUAUUAUUUAUAGCUGACAGCUGGACACUUUUGCAACAGUUCUGCCUAAGGAAAUGUUCCUUGUCUCUACCUUCCAUAAUCUUGACAACAUUUUCGUCACCAUAGCAACCAAAUCAUUCAAUCAAUUUCGACCGACUUUUGCACAUUUUUUUAACCAAUUUACAACCAUGGCGUGUAACGAAAAUAUAAUCAAGAACAUGGCAAAUGAAAUAACAAGGAAUUGCCAAACGCAUAAUGUUCAAGUUGAACAUGAAUUUGUUAUUUAUAUGAUUGAGUUAUUGUUGCUGAACCCGAAAUAUGGGAAGCUGUUUACGAAGACAUUGAAUAGGGAUAAUUUGGAAUAUUUUGUCAAUGAAUUUGUUUCUAUGAUGACUGGCGACCAAACAACAAUAAACACGCUCAAAAUGCAAUUCAUCAUCCAAACCAAUUACGACAAACUUCCCAACCUGAUCGACAAACACCUAGACUCCAUUGAGACCACCCUUCGACCGCUCGUCACAGAGAUCUUGGAGGGAGACCCGGAGCAGGGCGAUGAGGCGGAGUUCAAGAAGCUGUUUCGGAAGAUCUCGAUUUAUAUUAUAUUAGCUAGUGGGCUAGGGAAUCCCGGGAUGAUUAUGACCUUGAAAGAAGGCAUGGCCGCGCUAGAGAGCGUGUUCUCUCUAGAAGACUUACAACUAUUCGUGGCACUGCCUCGCUCGGAGAAGAAAGAGCAGCUGACAGAGCUGCUGGCCAUUGUGUCCGGCGUGCGGCUUUUUAACCGAGACUGCAAGAAGGGCGGCGAUCAGAUACCGGACCUGCCUUUCAACCUAGUGGAUGCUGGCAAAGCCUGCCUCGCCGCUCUAUCCAAUUCGCUAUUCGGAGUGAUGCAACGAGUGAAUACCCUCACAGCAGCCAUUGAAGAUACCAUAGCAGUUGAGAGUGAGACAGGGAACGUGAUGAUAAAGUUACCGGACGACACGGAACUCUCUUUAGAGAAUUACCAACACAUAUUCAACCUUCUGGCCUUCAACCGUCAGUACGAAGUGAUAAUCCGAAGGUUGCUUAGCGACGUAGAACUGAUGGUGUCCAGCGCCAACCUGUACGUGGAUCGAGUGAGAGAAGCGCUGGAAAACUUGCAUGCAGCUGUUAAAUAUAAGGCGGCUGUGCCAGUUGCUGUGGUUUUCCCUCUAUUCGGCCGCCUCUGGCACACGUGGCGCGGCAUGCAGAACAUCAUGUACCUCGUCUCCACUGUGAACCGUGUUAUGUCCGCCUUGGCCAACCUUCAAGGUCAAAUGCAGAUGCCCUCGGAUACUUUGGACAUCAUGUUAGCAGGCAAGAUAAUAACGACUGAUCAGGAGCGUAUGUCGCGAACCAUCAGCAUUGAGGAGCGACUAAGCAUGGGGGCCUUGAGGUACUACGUGCAAGAUACUCCGUUAACCAGCGAGAAGCAUACGCAGUACCUCGGAUUCUGCGCUCUCUGUUUAUGCGCUGGGGCGCUCGUCCCCGGCAACCCGCGGUUCGGUCUCAUCAAACAUGGCGGCCGCCGGUUUGCGUUCUGCUCCGUCAAGAUGGCGACGCAGUUUAGCAAGGAACCGCAGCGCUACGUGAACGAGGUCCUGGACUACGCCCGGAACAACCCUCAUGUCAUCAAUCUGCUCAACAUUUGGGAGGCUGUUUACAAUGUGCGAGACGUGGAUAGUCUGGUCGUCAAGUAUGUGAAGAAGAUCAAGGUGCACGAGAAGGAAAUCCAGACGGAGGCGCACCCGAUACCCGAAUACAAGGAGAAGAACUACCACUGGGAUUUGUGGGAGUGGAAGCGGCGCGCUUGUCAAUGGGCGUCAAUAGUGAACUGCCGUACCAAAUCCACCCAAACCAACUACAGCCACCUCCGCUCCGAGAUCCACUGUCAGACCGUCGAGCCCCGGGACAAGUGUUACCAGACUAGGAAAGAAUCGGGGAUGACCACGGACUUCAGUAACAACUUUAUUUGGGGGCUGAGAGGGAAGGUUGGGUACGGGCAGCACUGGAUGGACUUUGUUCAGAAGAGUCAUCCGGAGAAGUUAGAAGUCCAAACCUUCACUGCGUGCACGUGGCCGUGCGAGCCAGGCACGCCUCCCUCAGAUACCGACUUCAAGGAACAGACCAAGCUGAAGGGAGGAGAUAUCAAUAUGAGCACAGCCACUGUCAAAAGCACGCGGUUUUCAGCUCUCGAUUUUCGCUGGUUUAAAUAUUAGGGGAUAUUACGCAAAACUCUGGGUAGCGCCACUAGCACAAACAGGACAAACCGCCUUGGUAUUGGUACAUUAAUGUCAUAUCAAAGAGAAUUUGAAAUAGAGGUGGAUUGUCAAAGAAAACUUUGUAGCCACAGUAUAUUUACUGCCAUCUUUCGACACAUGAUAAACACUUUUAGAACGCCAUUUGACUUUGAUCCUUAUUCUUUCACUGAUAUUUGUUAAAUGUAUAUGUGACAUUGAGCCCUCUCAGUAGGAAGGUUUGGCAGUAAAUCGUCCUGAGUGGCGCAGGCUGGUGCAGAGCAAUGUGCGCGAUUUCGAGGAGCAACGUAAUGCUGACCUCGAAAACGCGACGAGCUGAAAACACGCCAAUCUGCGUCCAUUCACUACCACGUAGCUGGUGUCCUCAAUGUGCGCGGGGGUCCACCUCGAAGAUCGGCUACGUCAGCCAUCUUCGGGCGCAUGAGCGCCGAGCUAACUAGGACUCAAAAUGGUCGCCAUGGUCGAAAUCGGCCGGAAGGAUGAGGGGGGUCAAAUAUCAAUAAGUGUCGCCAUCUAAUAGAUCAAAGGCCAAAGGUAUGGCAGCAUCGUUUCGAGUGAUUCUGGCGUUCUAAAAGUAUUAAUAAUAUGUCGAAAGAUGGCAGUAAAUUACUGUGGCUACACUAAUUUUACUUAAAAUACACCUCUAUUUCAAAUUCUCAAUGAGUUAUACAAUGUACCUACGGCCACGUCGGUCACGGACUUUAAUUGCUGAUCCAUUUAGGGUUCAAGCUAAUCUGGUUGUCAAUACUGACAGUAUAAAAUGUCCAAUGUUAACCUUGUAGUCUGAUAUAAGACAUACAAUAUCCAGCUCAUUUAGCCGCAGUCUGAAAUAAGACAAAACUUCGUGUAACUUCGUACAGGCGGCGACACGAGCGCGCUCGAUGAAACAUAAGGGUAAAAGUUUUAAAGUCCCCGGCAAGCUCGGUCGGAAAUAUCUGAACACGCCUCUAUUGUCAAUGUGAUAGAUUGCGUGCUCAUAUAUUUUUGAGCAGUUUGCCCGUCCCGAUAUAUCUGAUGGUAACUUUAUAAGCUAAAUGAAGUUCGGGUUACAGGAGAGAUAUAGGAAAUUAUGUAAACAAGGUUGAUUUUAGAAAAUACUUAUUUAAUAAUCAUUAAUACAUUGUUUAAUAAAUCGUUAUUGUUAAA